AUGUCACCUUCAUCAAAUAGCGAACUAGAGAUAUUUAAAGAAGAUUACGUUAAUGAGAGCCACAUACAAUCUUUCAGAUUAGCAUUAAGUCAGGUCGACAGUAUAGAUAAAGAUACGCGGAUAUCUGCACUCAGUGACUUUGCACCCGUCCAUGAGAGAGUUCAAAGAAGGCCCAAGUCGAAAUCAUCUCUAGCGUACACAACUAUCAGAUAUCCAUUACUCGUAAUCUUGUUCUUCACUAUAUCCAUAGAAUUCUUCAUAUACGUCUCUAUACGCCAGAUAGUUAACUUAUGGGAAUGGGCCAUUCAGCACAGAGGCAAGUCUGGUCGUAUUAGGCAGAAAAUGAGGAAUGCAAGGGACUUCGAUCAAUGGAAGAGUGCUGCAAUUGAAAUGGACAACCACUUGGGCUUGGAUACUUGGAAAUUAGACAAUCAAAGUGGUAUUUACUACGACUCAUUAUUAGUUGAAAAAGUGAUAUCUUCUUUGAAAGAUAAGCGCCAUAGUGAUGACAUACAGGGUUUGCUAGGCGUACUUGAAGUCUGCGUUAAGAACAAUUUCGCAGGCACAGAAAGCACUCGUCUAUAUAGUGAAACUUUCUAUGGAACUAAACUUCUUAUUGAAGAAUACAUCAAUGAGAUAAGCCAAUCACUAGCAAUCAUUCGUGACCAUCCCUCUGUAACAAUUGAACAAAAGCGCGUUCUUUUCAAAUCUUUUAGUCGCAAUUUUGGCCAAUCAGCAUUAUGUUUAUCUGGUGGCGGAUCUUUUGGAUAUUAUCAUUUCGGUGUCUUAAAAGCUUUUUUAGAUGCCAAACUUUUACCUCGAGUAAUUACUGGAACUUCAGCAGGCGGACUGGUCGCAGCAUUAUGUGCAACCCGGAAUGACCAAGAACUAUCCCAAUUGCUUAGACCUGAACUUGCAGAUAAGAUAAGUGCUUGUGAAGAAUCCAUUUCGAUUUGGUUUAGACGAUGGUGGCGUACUGGAGCCAGGUUUGAUACCGUGUCUUGGGCCAGAAAGUCAAUGUUCUUUACAAGAGGUACUAUGACAUUUCAAGAAGCAUACGAACGAACGGGAAGAUCGUUGAAUAUUUCAGUCACACCAUCAGACAGGCAUAGCCCUACAAAGAUUCUAAAUCAUUUGACAGCACCUGAUUGUGUAAUUUGGUCAGCAAUUAUUGCCUCGGCAGCUGUACCAGGUAUCUUACCGCCAGUCGUUUUGAUGCGUAAAUGUCGAGAUGGUUCCAUUGAGCCUUUUAGUCUGGGUGCUAGAUUUAAAGAUGGAUCGAUACGUGUUGAUAUUCCGUUACAAUCAUUGAAUCUCUUAUACAACGUCAAUCAUGCGAUUGUAUCACAAGUCAAUCCUCACGUACAUUUAUUCUUCUAUGCGCCGAGAGGAUCGGCUGGAAAGCCGGUAGCACAUCGAAGGGGACAAGGAUGGCGUGGUGGCUUCUUUUUAGCUGCAGCUGAGCAAUAUUUGAAAUUAGAACUCAGUAAAAAUUUGAAAGUUAUUAGAGAUUUGGAGUUAAUGCCGGAGAUAUUAGCGACAGACUUCUCUUCAGUGUUCCUUCAAAAGUUUGAAGGUAGUAUAACUAUAUGGCCAAGAACUAGAUUCCUUGAUUGGAUUCAUAUAUUAUCAGAUCCCGAUAGAACUGAAUUGAAGCGGAUGAUGAAAAUGGGCCAGUUAGCAGCAUGGCCAAAAUUGCAUAUAGUCGAAAAUAGGUUCAAGAUUGAACGGGAAAUUUUGAAAGGUAGACAACUAGUGAGGGAUUAUAACAGAUCAAACAAAACAUCAACAAAGAACAUCGAACAAAUCGAUCUAAAGUCUUACUAUAAUUCUGACAUUGACUCAAAGCAAGUUGAUGGUACAGCUCAAGAAAAUAUUGAAAGGACUAAGUUAGUUAAUGAUCUCAAAACAUUCAAUGAAGGAAGUGAUUCUUCUUCAGAUGAUAACGAACCCCAUUUGUAA